AGAGUGUCACAAGCAUGGUGAGAACAUGGAAGAGGACGAGGCCACUUCACAUGAGAGUUGUGAGGAGACAACGACAUGUGCAGGAUGUAUGAAUGUCAUAGAGGACGAUGAGUUCUUCUCAGCUCUUGGCCAAGACUGGCACACAGAUUGCUUUCGGUGCAGUGCAUGUGAUGUGACACUUAGCAGUUGGUACUUCGAAAAAGAUGGUCUGCUCUUUUGUAAAAAUGAUUAUUGGAAGAAGUACGGUGAAGCAUGUCAGGAUUGUGGAGAGAUCAUCACUGGCCCGGUCAUGGUGGCGGGAGACCACAAGUUCCACCCGGAAUGCUUUGUCUGUACAUCUUGUUCGGCAUAUAUUGGGGAUGGAGAGUCCUAUGCCCUUGUCGAGAGAUCAAAACUGUACUGUGGCCUUUGCUACAAGAGACAAAUGCAGCCAUUGAAUAAAUCCACUUCAUAUAGUAAGAAACCUCAUAGUAUACAACUUAUUGAGCUGCCAGCAAAAUCAGACAACCAGCGGAGAAUCAAGUUAAGUGUCGACUCGAGAAAAGGUUUUCCUCUCGCAGGCCUUAGCAACUACAGAGGACUUCGCAUAGCAGAUGUUCCAUCACUCAAAGAAAGAUUACAACAGCUUGAUUCAGCGGCUGACUUGAUGUCCCUGCAUAUUGGUGACAGGAUCUUAGAGGUGAAUGGAAGGCCUGUACAGGACUAUUGUAUUGAGGAUAUAGAAAAUCUCAUUGCAAGCUCUCAAGAUGUGCUGCAACUGACCAUAGAACAUGAUCCAGAGGAAGUGGCAUCACGACGCCAAAGUUUUCCCUUUUUGUCAACAAACCGACCUGCGCUGAGCACUUGUGAUCAGGCAGAGAAGGAGGGGUUGCGGGAGAGAUUAUGCAAGAGAAGAGAUGAAGGAUACGUUUCUGGCACACAGAGAAGUCGUCAACUAAGGCGAGGCAGAGGGUGCAAGGAACGAGCCUCGUCACUUCCAAAGUUGUUAGAUAAUGACUGUCCUCGGGAAAGUGGUUACUAUGACCUCAGCAGGACAAAGUCAUUCCGUGUUGAGCCAAAGAAUCAUCGUAUCUUCCGUGCAUCUGAUCUCACUCAGGGAGAACUUCUUGGUAAAGGUUUUUUUGGACAGGUAUACAAAAUGACUCAUUCAGAGACUGGAGAAGUAAUGGUUUUGAAAGAGCUGUACAGAGUAGAUGAGCAAGCACAGACAAAUUUUCUUAAAGAGGUUGCAGUUUUAAGAAGUCUAAGUCACAAAAAUGUCCUGCGAUUCAUUGGAGUCUUAUACAAGGACCGCAAACUACAUUUACUUACAGAAUACAUCUCAGGUGGGACUCUCAAAGAGAUCAUCCAUGCUCUUGAUGAGCCUCUACCCUGGGACCAGCGAAUCAGCUUCGCCAAAGAUAUAGCCUCAGGCAUGGCGUACCUGCAUAAUUGUGAUAUUAUACAUAGGGACCUCAACUCCCACAACUGCCUAGUCAGAGAGGAUAAGACAGUUGUAGUAGCUGACUUUGGUUUAGCUCGUAUUAUGCCUCAAAACAACUGGACUGCUGAGAGAAAGAAGUUUGGUAAAAGACAUGCAAGAAAAAAGAGAUAUACUGUUGUUGGUAACCCAUACUGGAUGGCACCAGAAAUGAUGAAAGGGAACAAAUACGAUGAAAAAGUAGACAUCUUCAGCUUUGGAAUUAUCUUGUGUGAGAUUAUCGGUCGAGUGGAAGCAGACCCCGACUACAUGCCACGGUCUAUGGACUUUGGCCUAAAUGAGUCGGUCUUCAAAGCUAAAUAUUGCGAGGAAUGUCCAGAGCCUUUUUACAAGAUAGCCUUCUUGUGUUGCAAUGUUAAUCCUGAUGCAAGGAAAAGGGAUUUAGAGCUAGCAAUUGAGAAUUUGUGA